AUGGCGCCCCGGAUACAGAGCCAGCGUGUCUCCAACACCCUCCUCCCCUAUCUUACUUCCUCUUCUUCCACCUCCUCUCCAUCCUUCAACACAUCAUUAUGCUCCCCCUCACAAUCAUUAGCCCGCCAAUUCUCGGCUACGGCAGCUCCACAGACCAAGCUCCGCAGACAAAUGUUUGAGUGGCUUAAUACUGAUGGAGUCAAUUAUAAGCACCACGUCCCUGGUGAAAUGAAUUAUUUGGUCAAAGGUCGACGGGAUCCUGAUAACCCUCCUUCGAACCGACCCUUCCCGAAUAACCGAAACUUCGUCAGCGAGAGCGUUCUCAGUGAGGAACUCCGAAAUGAGGUUUACGUGCAGGUCGUGGACCAGAAGAAGAGCGUUCGCGCUGUUAGUGUUGAAUUUGGCAUUGACAUGAAGCGGAUCGCGGCAGUAGUACGAUUGGUGGAGCUUGAGCGUAGACAACGAUCACAGGGAAAGUCAAUGGCGAUGCCAUACGCUCGGGCAGUUCACGAAAUGGUUCCGCUUACUCCGCUUGCUGAGCGCCCAGUAUUCCACGAGCCUAUCAAUGAUCUCCCUGCCCAUCCUUCCACGGGUGCUCAGAUUUUCUAUCCUACAACCGAAUCUCGCUCCUUCACUCGCAUCGAUGCUGGUCGCGUGUUCUCUGCUGCCCCGGAGCUGGAGAACUGUAAUAAAUCGAGAUUCUCUCACCCCUCCGACCUUGCCGACAUCGUCUUCAAGAAGCCCCGAAAGAUUGAGUGGGUUGGCAAGGGUGACAACGCACGCCAGGUCCUCCAACCUGCCGAUGUGCGGAUUCCCCACCCACAACAGCGCCGUGCGGUCAUUGAUCGCCACGCUAAGCGUCUCGCAGAGCAAGAGAAGGUUGAGCAGAAGCAACGUGAGCGAAGCAAGGAAAUUCGCGAGAAACGUAUUAAUCACGUUGAGCCUGAAGGAGGACGCUUCGAUUUCCGUAUCCAAGAUGCCGUCUUCAGCAACCAGACUGUCGGCCAUGAUGGUCGUGCCCCCUGGGCUCCUGGUCGCCGUUACGGUGUUCCUACCAAUGACCGCAAGCGCGGCGUUGUCAAAAUUCCCACCCGCGUGGAGGCUUAA